GAAGUCCACCAAAAACGAAAGAACCCAACCUCAAAGUCACAAAGACCCAUAUUUCAAGCUUUGAUCACACCCUUGAAGUGGGUACGAGAUGAAUUUAUCAGACAUGGAAGCUAUAGCACAAUCAAUCUUGUCAUCCCCAUAAGCCAAAGUCCUCAAAUUCCACCAUUGAUGGUCGUGAACUCUUGUGAUGUUUCUCACUCUACUUUGUUGAUGAACAAAAAUAUGAUAUUGGAUGAGCUCCAAGAUUGUCCAGAGAUCAUUCGUUGUUUCGGGGACAGUUUCACCUUUGAAAAGGGCCAGAAAUUGUAUAAUGUUUUGUUGGA